UAGGCCACCCUUCGACAGGCUCGCUCUCUGGUCUCAUUACGGCUCCGCUGGAAAGGAGGAUUCGAACUUCCGGUGGAGUGUCAUGGCGGCGCGGUAGUGUCUGCUGAAAGGGAAAAAAUAACCAGCCCCCACCGUCCCGUUUCGACAACGGUUCCCAAGGUUUAAAGGGUGGAAAACUGCAAAGGAGGACGUUGUUACUUUUGGGAUUGCACGUAGCCCACCGCGGCUCCCAUCCGGCCGGCCAUGGCGGCGCACAAGCCAGUGGAAUGGGUUCAGGCCGUAAUUAACAGAUUCGACGAGCAGCUUCCCAUUAAAGCGGGGCAGCAGAGCACACACACCAAAGUCAGCACGGAGCACAAUAAGGAAUGUCUGAUCAACAUCUCCAAGUACAAGUUCUCCUUGGUCAUCAGCGGCCUCACCAACAUACUCAAGAAUGUGAACAACAUGCGGAUAUUUGGGGAAACAGCGGAGAAGAACCUCUACCUCUCUCAGCUCAUCAUCCUGGACACACUGGAGAAGUGCCUGGCUGGGCAACCUAAGGACUCCAUGCGACUGGAUGAGACCAUGUUGGUGAAGCAGCUGCUGCCUGAGAUCUGCCACUUCAUCCACACAUACCGCGAGGGCAACCCGCACGCCGCCCAGCUUCGAGCCUCUGCCUCGGGAGUUCUCUUCUCCCUCAGCUGCAACAACUUCAACGCCGUCUUCAGCCGCAUUUCCACCAGAUUGCAGGAGCUCACUGUGUGUUCAGAGGACACUGUGGACGUCCACGACAUUGAGCUCAUCCAGUACAUCAAUGUGGAUUGCUCCAAACUCAAAAGGCUGCUGCAAGAAACCGUGUUUAAGUUUAAGACCCUGAAGAAGCCAGCACAGCUCAGCGUUAUCAACAGCUUGGAAAAGGCCUUCUGGAACUGGGUGGAGAAUUACCCUGAUGAGUUCACCAUGUUGUAUCAGCGCCCCCAGAUGGACAUGGCAGACUGUGCGGAAAAGCUCUUUGAUCUGGUGGACAGCUUCGCAGAGAGUGCCAAGCGCAAGGCUGCCGUGUGGCCCCUGCAAAUCAUCCUACUCAUCCUGUGCCCGGAGAUCACACAGAAUAUCUCCCGCGAGGUGGUGGAAGAGAGCAGGGUCAACAAGAAGCUCUUCCUGGAGAACCUGCGGAAGGCCCUGGCAGGUCACGGUGGCAGCAAGCAGCUGACGGAGAGCGCCGCCAUCGCCUGCGUCAAGCUCUGCAAGGCCUCCACCUACAUCAACUGGGAGGACCAUUCGGUCAUCUUCCUCCUAGUGCAGUCCAUUGUGGUGGAUCUCAAGGCACUGCUCUUCAACCCCACAAAGCCAUUCUCCAGGGGGGCAGGCAGCCAGAGUGCGGACGUAGACCUCAUGAUCGACUGCUUCGUCUCCUGUUUCCGCAUCAACCCUCACAACAACCAGCACUUUAAGGUCUGCCUGGCCUCUUCCUCUCCACCCACAUUUCAUUUUGUCCUGGUCAACUCCCUGCACAGAAUCAUCACCAACUCUCCGCUGGACUGGUGGCCCAAGAUCGACGCCGUGUACUGCUACUCCGGGGAGCUACGGACCAUGUUCACCGACACUCUGGGACGGGUCAUGCAAGGCGUCGGGACCCACGCGCCCCUGCGAAUGACCACGAGCCUGACGUUCAAAGAGAAGAUGACCAGCCUGAAGUUCAAGGAGAAGGCCACAGACCUGGACACACGCAGUCACAAACACCUGUUGCUGGCCCUCGUCAAGCUCAUCCAUGCUGACCCCAAGCUCAUGCUGCAUGUGAGAGGCCAGGAGGUCCAGAACAGCACAGUGGACCUCAUUAUGGGCUUGGUGCAGCUGGUGCCCUUAGCCGCUAUGCCUGAGAUUGCCCAGGAAGCCAUGGAGGCCCUGCUGGUCCUACACCAACCUGAGACCAUAGCGCUGUGGAACCCUGAUGCGCCUAUGGAGACCUUUUGGGACAUCAGCUCACAGGUCCUUUUCCUCAUCUGCAAAAAGCUAAUCGGCCACCAGAUGAUCAACAGCACAGAGAUCCUCAAGUGGCUGCGGGAAAUUCUCAUCUGCAGGAACAAGUUCCUUCUCAAGAACAAGGAGUGUGCCACCCAGGGUAGUGGCAUUCCUAUCUGCAGGCAGGCCCAGACCAAGCUGGAGGUGUGCUUGUUCAUGUUCCUGUGGAGCCCUGACACAGAGGCUGUCCUGGUAGCUAUGUCCUGCUUCCGCCACCUGUGCGAGGAGGCAGACAUCCGCUGCGGCGUGGACGAGCUUCCAGUGCAGAACGUCCUGCCCAACUACAACACCUUCAUGGAGUUUGCGUCCGUCAGCAACAUGAUGUCCACAGGCCGUGCUGCCCUGCAGAAAAGAGUGAUGGCCCUUCUGAGGAGGAUCGAGCAUCCGACGCCAGGAAAUACUGAGGCGUGGGAGGAUACAUAUGCCAAAUGGGAGCAUGCAACCAAGUUAAUCCUUAAUUAUCCAAAAAUCAAGAUUGAGGAUGGACAGGAGUGGAUAAACAUGACAGGCUUCCUGUGUGCCCUGGGAGGGGUCUGCCUGCAGCAGCGGAGUACGCCCUGCCUGCCUACCUACAGCCCCCCAAUGGGCCCGCUCAGCGAGCGCAAGGGUUCCAUGAUCUCGAUGGGUUCCAGCGAGGGCAACGUGGAAACGCCGCUCAGCAAGUUCCUGGACCGACUUCUGUCGCUCAUGGUGUGCAACCACGAGAAGGUGGGCCUGCAGAUCCGCAACAACAUCAAGGACCUGGUGGGCCUGGAGCUGAGCCCUGCCCUCUACCCCAUGCUCUUCAACAAGCUCAAGAACAGCAUCAGCCGCUUCUUUGAUACUCAGGGGCCGGUCCCCAUUAAUGACACCAACACCCAGUUUGUGGAGCAGACCAUUGCUAUCAUGAAGAACCUGCUAGACAACCACACAGAGGGCAGCUCCGAGCACCUGGGCCAAGCCAGCAUCGAGACCAUGAUGCUCAAUCUGGUCAGGUAUGUGCGUAUCCUUGGAAACAUGGUGCACGCCAUCCAGAUCAAGACCAAGCUGUGUCAGCUUGUGGAGGUGAUGAUGGAGCGAAGGGAUGAUCUCUCCUUCUGCCAGGAGAUGAAGUUCAGGAAUAAGAUGGUGGAGUACCUAACAGACUGGGUGAUGGGGACUUCCAAUCAAGCAGCAGAUGAUGAUGUCAAAUGCCUGACAAGGGAUCUGGACCAGGCCAGCAUGGAGGCAGUAGUGUCCCUGCUCGCAGGGCUUCCCCUACAGCCAGAGGAAGGUGAUGGCGUGGAGCUCAUGGAGGCCAAGUCCCAGCUAUUCCUCAAAUAUUUCACCCUGUUUAUGAACCUGCUGAAUGACUGCAGCGAGGUGGAGGAUGAUGGGCAGCAGGUGGGUGGGCGCAAGCGUGGAAUGUCCCGCCGCCUGGCCUCUCUGCGCCACUGCACUGUGCUCGCCAUGUCCAAUCUGCUCAAUGCCAACGUGGACAGUGGUCUCAUGCACUCUAUCGGCCUGGGAUACCACAAAGACCUGCAGACUCGGGCCACCUUCAUGGAGGUGCUCACCAAGAUCCUGCAGCAGGGCACAGAGUUUGACACGCUGGCCGAGACCGUGCUGGCUGAUCGCUUUGAGAGACUGGUGGAGCUGGUAACCAUGAUGGGAGACCAGGGAGAGCUGCCUAUCGCCAUGGCGCUUGCCAAUGUGGUGCCCUGCUCACAGUGGGAUGAGCUGGCCCGAGUGCUUGUUACCCUCUUCGACUCGCGUCACCUACUCUACCAGCUACUGUGGAAUAUGUUCUCCAAGGAGGUGGAGCUGGCUGACUCCAUGCAGACGCUCUUCCGUGGCAACAGCCUGGCCAGCAAAAUCAUGACCUUUUGCUUCAAGGUCUAUGGUGCCACCUACCUGCAAAAGCUGCUGGAGCCCUUGCUGAGGGGGAUCAUCACCACACCAGAGUGGCAGCAGAUCAGCUUUGAGGUGGACCCCACUAGGCUGGAGCCCACAGAGUGCCUGGAGGAGAACCAACGCAACCUGCUGCAAAUCACUGAGCGCUUCUUCCUGGCCAUUAUCAACUCAUCCUCAGACUUCCCGCCGCAGCUGCGCAGUGUGUGUCACUGCCUGUACCAGGCAACUUGCCACUCUCUACUGAAUAAAGCCACAAUUAAGGAAAAAAAGGAAAGCAAAAAAUCAGUUGUCAGCCUGCGUUUCCCCCAGAACAGCAUUGGGGCAGUGGGCAGUGCCAUGUUCCUGCGGUUCAUCAAUCCAGCCAUCGUGUCUCCCUACGAGGCUGGUAUCUUGGACAAGAAGCCUCCACCUCGCAUAGAACGUGGCCUCAAGCUCAUGUCCAAGAUUCUCCAAAGCAUUGCAAACCAUGUCCUAUUCACAAAAGAAGAACACAUGAGGCCUUUCAACGAUUUUGUCAAAAGCAACUUUGAUGCAGCAAGGCGGUUCUUCUUGGACAUUGCUUCAGAUUCUCCCCCGAGCGACUCGGUCAACCAUAGCUUGUCCUUCAUCAGUGACGGCAAUGUAUUAGCUCUGCACCGGCUCUUGUGGAACAACCAGGAGCGCAUUGGCCAGUACCUCUCCAGCAACAGGGACCACAAGGCAGUAGGCAGGCGGCCCUUUGACAAGAUGGCCACCCUUCUGGCAUACCUGGGCCCUCCAGAACACAAGCCCGUGGCCGACACUCACUGGUCCAGCCUCAACCUCACCAGUUCUAAAUUCGAGGAAUUCAUGACCAGACACCAGGUACAUGAGAAGGAGGAGUUCAAAGCCCUGAAGACCCUCAACAUCUUCUACCAGGCGGGUACUUCCAAGAAUGGAAACCCUGUGUUUUACUAUAUUGCACGCAGGUUCAAGACGGGUCAGAUCAACGGGGAUCUUCUGAUCUACCACGUGCUGCUAACAUUGAAGCCCUACUACGCCAAACCUUACGAGAUUGUGGUAGACCUGACCCAUGUGGGCCCCAGCAACCGCUUCAAGACAGACUUCCUGUCCAAGUGGUUCGUAGUGUUCCCAGGCUUUGCUUAUGAGAACGUGGCGGCUGUCUACGUCUACAACUGCAACUCCUGGGUGCGCGAGUACACUAAGUAUCACGAGCGACUGCUAACGGGCCUCAAAGGCAGCAAAAAGCUCCUCUUCGUGGACUCUCCAGCACGGUUGGCUGAGCAUGUUGAGGCCGACCAGCAGAAACUGCCUGCUGCAACGUUGGCCCUGGAGGAGGACCUCAAAGUGUUCCACAAUGCACUCAAGCUGGCCCACAAGGACACCAAGGUCUCCAUCAAGGUGGGCUCCACUGCGGUCCAGGUAACCUCAGCUGAGCGCACCCGUGUGCUGGGCCAGUCUGUCUUCCUAAAUGACAUCUAUUACGCCUCAGAAGUGGAGGAGAUCUGCCUGGUGGAUGAGAACCAGUUUACGCUGACUAUCGCCAACCAGGGCACACCUCUCACAUUCAUGCACCAGGAGUGUGAGGCUAUCGUUCAGUCCAUCAUCCACAUCCGCACGCGCUGGGAGCUGUCACAGCCCGACUCCAUCCCCCAGCACACAAAGAUCCGUCCAAAGGAUGUACCUGGCACACUUCUCAACAUCGCCCUGCUCAACUUGGGCAGCUCCGACCCUAGCCUGAGGUCUGCAGCAUACAACCUCCUGUGUGCCCUAACCUGCACGUUCAAUCUGAAGAUCGAGGGACAGCUCCUGGAGACAUCAGGCCUGUGCAUCCCGGCAAACAAUACACUCUUCAUUGUGUCCAUCAGCAAGACACUCGCAGCAAAUGAGCCCCACCUCACUCUGGAGUUCCUAGAAGAGUGCAUCUCAGGGUUCAGCAAGUCCAGUAUCGAGCUGAAGCACUUGUGUCUGGAGUACAUGACCCCCUGGCUGCUCAACCUGGUGCGUUUCUGCAAACACAGUGACGACGCCAAGAGGCAGCGGGUCACUGCCAUCCUGGACAAGCUUAUCACUAUGACCAUCAACGAGAAGCAGAUGUACCCCUCCAUCCAGGCCAAGAUCUGGGGUAGCCUUGGACAGAUAACAGACCUGCUGGACGUGGUGCUGGACAGCUUCAUCAAAACCAGUGCCACAGGGGGGCUGGGCUCCAUCAAGGCUGAGGUGAUGGCCGACACAGCCGUGGCACUGGCCUCUGGCAAUGUCAAGCUGGUCUCCAGCAAGGUGAUCAGCCGGAUGUGCAAAAUCAUUGACAAGACGUGCCUGUCUCCCACACCCACGCUGGUGCAGCACCUCAUGUGGGACGACAUCGCCAUCCUGGCACGCUACAUGCUCAUGCUGUCUUUCCACAACUCGCUGGAUGUGGCGGCUCACCUGCCGUACUUGUUUCACGUGGUCACACUGCUGGUGGCCACGGGGCCGCUCUCGCUACGCGCCUCCACCCACGGCCUUGUCAUCAACAUCAUCCACUCGCUCUGCACCUGCUCCCAGCUCAACUUCAGCGAGGAGACCAAGCAGGUCUUGCGCCUCAGCCUGACCGAGUUCUCACUACCCAAGUUCUACCUGCUCUUCGGGAUCAGCAAGGUCAAAUCGGCUGCGGUCAUUGCCUUCCGCUCUAGCUACCGGGACCGCUCCUUCUCACCUGGCUCCUACGAACGGGAGACCUUUGCCCUGUCCUCACUGGAGACGGUCACUGAGGCCCUGCUGGAGAUCAUGGAGGCCUGCAUGAGAGACAUCCCAUCGUGCAAGUGGCUUGACCAGUGGACGGAACUUGCGCAAAAGUUUGCGUUUCAGUACAACCCGUCCCUGCAGCCCAGGGCUCUGGUGGUAUUCGGCUGCAUCAGCAAGCGCGUAUCACAUGGCCAGAUCAAGCAAAUCAUUCGCAUCCUCAGCAAGGCAAGUCCAUUGCUCAGCAUCGACAGGGGCCUCGAGAGCUGCUUAAAGGGCCCUGAUAAUUACAACAGCCAGGUACUGAUCGAGGCUACAGUCAUCGCUCUGACAAAGCUGCAGCCGCUGCUCAACAAGGACUCACCGAUGCACAAGGCCCUGUUCUGGGUGGCCAUUGCUGUUCUGCAGCUUGAUGAAGUGAACUUGUACUCGGCUGGGACAGCACUUCUCGAGCAGAACCUGCAGACGUUGGACAGCCUCCGUGUCUUCAAUGACAAGAGUCCAGAGGAGGUCUUCAUGGAAGUGAGAAAACCGCUCGAGUGGCACUGCAAGCAGAUGGACCACUUUGUGGGCCUCAAUUUCAACUCCAACUUCAACUUUGCACUAGUGGGCCACCUACUGAAAGGGUACCGGCACCCCUCGCCCUCCACGGUGGCACGGACAGUGCGCAUCCUGCACACGUUGCUUGGCCUCGUGGGCAAACACCUCAACUGCGACAAGUUUGAAGUGAACACGCAGAGCGUGGCAUACCUGGCAGCUUUGCUCACGGUGUCCGAGGAGGUGCGCAGCCGCUGCAGCCUGAAACAUCGGAAGUCACUGCUGCUUUCUGAGGUUGCUAUGGAGAACGUUCCCAUGGACACAUACUCUGUGCAUCACAGUGACCCCAGCUGCAGGACACUACGGGAGAAUCAACCCUGGGCAUCCCCCAAAGUGUCCGAGCGCUACCUGGCUGCCAACUACCCCACGGUGGGGCAGAUCAGCCCCCGCACUCGCAAGUCCAUGAGCCUCGACAUGGGCCAGCCGUCCCAAGCCAACACCAAAAAGCUGCUAGGCACAAGAAAGAGCUUUGACCACCUGAUAUCGGACACUAAAGCACCAAAGAGGCCAGAGAUGGAGUCUGGCAUCACCACGCCACCCAAGAUGAGGAGGGUGGCUGAGAAUGACUACGAAAUAGAGACCCAAAGAAUAGCCAACUCGCAGCACCCCCACCUGCGCAAGGUGUCCGUGUCAGAGUCCAAUGUGCUGCUUGACGAGGAGGUGCUCACGGACCCAAAGAUCCAAGCGCUGCUCCUCACCGUCCUGGCCACUCUGGUGAAGUACACUACAGAUGAGUUUGACCAGCGGAUCCUGUACGAGUACCUGGCUGAAGCUAGCGUCGUCUUCCCCAAGGUCUUUCCAGUUGUUCACAACCUGCUGGACUCGAAGAUCAACACCCUCCUAUCACUGUGCCAGGAUCCCAACUUGCUAAACCCCAUCCAUGGCAUCGUGCAGAAUGUGGUGUACCACGAGGAAUCACCGCCGCAGUAUCAGCCCUCCUACCUGCAGAGUUUUGGGUUCAAUGGGCUGUGGAGGUUUGCAGGCCCCUUCUCAAAGCAAACACAGAUCCCAGACUACGCUGAACUGAUCGUCAAAUUCCUGGACGCCUUAAUUGACACGUAUCUGCCGGGAAUCGACGAGGAGGCCAGCGAGGAGUCGCUGCGCACACCCACCUCGCCCUACCCGCCCCCUGUGCAGAGCCAGCUUAGCAUCACUGCCAACCUCAACCUCUCCAACUCCAUGACAUCCCUGGCAACCUCCCAGCAUUCCCCUGCUGGGCGUGUAGUUUAUAGACGGUCCCCAACUUUGGCCCAUUUGAGGUCCUCCGAGGCGGUGCCACCGAAAAUGCCCGCUUUGCUGCCUUGUUCUAAGUCUGCUGUUUUCACGUCACACGUCGCCCGUCCAGGCAUGGAUAAGGAGAACGUGGAGCUCUCGCCCACCGCGGGACACACGAACAGCGGACGCACACGACACGGCUCGGCCAGCCAGGUGCAGAAGCAGCGCAGCGCGGGUAGCUUCAAGAGGCCCAGCAUCAAGAAGAUCGUGUGAGGGAGGGAGCCUGGGCGAUCCUCUGGCCCAAAGCGCCAGUCUCCAUGCUGCACUCUUUCUCCUUGUCCUCCUCCUCAGAUUUUUUUUUUCUUUUUUUUUUAUUUUUAUUUUUUUUUAUUUUUAUUUUUUUUUAUUAUUAAACUGUUGUAUGUCAAGUCAGCCAAGUUUGCCUGAUGAUCAACAUUUAAGAACAGCCUGAAGUUAUAGGAUUGGUUCUGUUGCAUUUUUUAAAUCCAUGUAAGUGUGGGGAAAAGCAUUACAUAAACAGAAGACCUUCUCAUUUUUCUGGCAGUGGGAUGUUGCAGUACAAGUAAUAAAAUACACUAGGUAGGAUUGUGUUCACAUUUUAGUGGAACAAAAGCACUGAAAUCCAUAACACUGCAGAUACUAGUUGCGAUAAGCCAUUAUUUUGUCACUCUUACAGUUCACUGUCUUGCCACCUCUAUUUUUCCCUUACCGCAAAAUGCAAGUUGUUUUAUUUGUACAUUUUGCUUUCACUCCAUUUUUUUUCCUUUUGUUUUUUCUGUUUUAUACCUUGGAUUCAGCCUACAUGGGUUUAAAAGAGAUGCACUUUUUGCAGAAUGAAAACUUAUUCUCACUGGGCUUGCGUUAAAGUGUUAAGACUGGACGGCUGGAAGUAGGUUCUCAGAAGGGUGGCAUUGACCUCUGAUCUUUGUGACAUGGAUCAGAGUGGGACAAAUUGGUUUUGACCAUGAGCUCCUCCUUGUUUUCCAGUGAAACUGUUAAGACUUUUGUUAGGUUUUACAGACAGAUUUGCGUGUCCCUGCGGUGAUGUGACCAGCAGCCUUGACACAUUGAGCAUAUACGUUCCCGCUUUGCCAGGGAAGGUCCAGAACAACACAGGUGCUGUCCACCACUGCAGAGACGUGCUCCUCUGCUCGCCUGUAAAACUGCAGUUGCUUGUGACUGAUCCAUCUGAGCAAUGGCGUCGUCUGCGUGUCUCUAGCAAGAAAUAGGUUAGUGGGUGGAGAUCAUCAACAUAUUUUAAUUAGUAAUCUUGAAACCAGAAAGAAUAUAUAUAAUAGUAUAUAUACUAGUAUAUACUACUAUAUAUGUGUAUAUAUAAACUUUUAUGUUAACCAAGUUGUCUUUUUCACACACAGUUUAAGAUGUUGUUUUAUCCAUUGUGUGCCUUUGUCAGGGUUUUCAGAUGUGUAUAGUUUGUACAAAAAGGAAAAAAAAAAAGAAAAAAAAAAACAGUAAAACCUUGCUUUGAAAAGUAAGAACAGGUACUAAUUAGUGAAACACUUGUUUAAUAUAAAUGUACAUACAGUUAAGAGAACCACUGUUAAUCAGAUCUCAAAUAAAAAUCCAAUAUACCAUCGUCAGUACAUUUCUGCCUAAGAUGUUACCCUGUAUAGCUAAGUAUAAAUCAUAAGGAUGUUUAACAUUUUUAAGCAUUAUUCAUAUGAUACUACUUCAAAACACUAGAAGUACAAUACAAACAUGUAAAUAGUACAACACUUUUAUGAAUUAGAGUAAUGAACAUUGUGAUGUUUCAGUUCCUAGUACAGAUGGUGACAGUGGAUUCCAAUUAAUAUGCAAAAACAAAUUUGCCAAAACAUGUCUGAAAUUAUUGAUAAAUUAAUGUGGAAUAGUGUUGACCAACUUCGGACUGAGGGAUUGUGAGGCUGCAGUAGUGCUUAGAGAAAGGUUGGAACAGGAAAGGAAUGGAGCGGAGCCGUCGUGAACUCUGUGGUGUGCGAUAGAAGUGGUCGUUUUGCACUCGGGGUUCGUUCGAUACGGUGCCAACUACCUUUCUGGAGUAACGGAGGAUGGGAGAGCAGCGCCUGUCUGUGUUAAAGCACAGCUUUUUAUGUGACCGCGUCACUAGUUGCAGGGUGGCUAUGGUGGGCAGCAUUUCCAGAGGAACACUAUGACGAGAGAAGCGUGACUGUCCAUCUCAGUCUGUCUCUAGUUAAAGCAGAUGUUGAUGUCCCGCAGAGGACUCGUGGAAACGGCAACUCUGUCCCAUGACAAACUCAGCAGGCCUAGGGACUCUGCACCAAAGACUAGUUUGCACUAAUGAAAGGAAAAUCAAAUCUGUUCAGUGCUGUUGACUUUAAAAAUGUCUGUCUGAUUUUUGUAACCCCUUUUAUCGGAACCUUCUGCAUUAACUUGAGCUCCGUAAGUGUUGUUUACGUAGCAUAGUGAGAGACCGCCAAGCUUCACUAAACAAACUGUUUGGCUCACACUGCAUUACGGGAGCCCAUUGGUCUGUCUGCUCUGUUCCAUGAUGGCAGUCUUCAUCGCUCUCUGUGUGAAAUGUGUUCUCUUGGGAGACUCCUUUAUUUUCUUUUUUUUUUUUUCCUCACCCAAGGAAUAAGUUUGCAGGCCAAGGAGACUGACAUGAUUGUGAAUGCAUGUGUUGAUUGAGAUGAGGUUAAAAAAUAAUGAUGAAUGCUGAAACUCCUUUAUAAAAAAAAAAAAAACAAAACACUUUGCCCUGCCUACCUAAAUUUAUAUUGGUGAGUUUUUUUUUUUUUUCUUUAUUAUUAUUAUUGCAUUUUUUUCCUCUGUUCACAGAAGCCUUUGAGUUUGGCCCACACUUGAAAGAACUAUCUGGGACAGAUAUUUGAAAAGGUGGGAUGGGGCAUAAUCUAAAAAAGGGAGACAGGACGUUAAGAAUGACUGUGGUCGGUGUAACACAGGUAAUAUUAAUUUUCCAUCACUUCUAGAAAAUCACCAGGUUGUCUUAACAGUAGUGCUUAAAACUGUGUUUUAAUUGUGGGUUAUGCAUUCUAAUUUCAAAACAAGAAAUACCAUGAUCAUAAAAAGGUGAAAUGUUCCACAUGCUUAGACUCUUGUGCAUUGGUGCAAAAAAGACAGGGCAAUGAAAUGAUAUUCAGUGGGUUGCUUUUGUUUACAUGGCUUUUUUUUUUUUUUUUUAAAAACAUACUUGAAUUAAAAAGAUUUGUGUCUGUUCAGCUCAGUCUCCACAAAGAGAUGAUGUAAAGGGAAAAGUUAAAAUAGCUUUCUAAGUACAAUUAAAUGAGGGUACCAAACACAAUCUUACAAAGUGUUUUACACCUGAUGGUAGUGUUAAGAAAACUAAAUGUAAAAAAACUAUAAUACAGUACAAGAAUAAGCUCAUUGACUACUGAGUUUGGGGGGAUACUUCUCUUCCUGAGGUUGUGUGAAACCUGCAUUAUUAAACAAAUAUGGACCAAAUUGUGAAUCACUGCAAAUCAUGUUUUUAAUUCUUUUUGAGCUUCGUACACAAGAUGUGUUCCAGACAACAUUAUUUCAAUCAAUGGUAAACAAGUUCUCUGAGGUUAGAGCAAGGUAGCACUCGUCACCUUUUAAUAGAAAUGAUUCCUUGGCACAGCAGGAACGAUUAAACUUUGCACCUUUUUCUUGAGGUUAUGAGUUACACCCUUAUUUCUGUUGCUAGCUUAGUUUUUCUGGCAUCCUGCAACGUCUCAUCUAAUGUCCACGCUUUACCUCG